CUGAAUAUGUUCGUGAAUUUUGUUGUGAUCCUACUUUCAAUUUCAUAUGUCGAAUCUACUAUUCAUAUGAAAUCCAUCAAGGUAAAACCAUCCAGAUGGGAUUCUCAAAUAGAGAAUAUAUUUGUAAACAGAACGCAAAAAAGAGUAGAAUGUCCAAGUGGAACCAUUCCUAUUUUAAGAACCGAGAAAGAAAAUGUUAUAUAUUCUCAAGAAUACCUCAAUCAUCAUCUCACUUUUCUCACAGCUCAAUAUCCAGGUACCCAUACUGCGGGAAUGAGAACAGAAGUAACAAAUAUUUUCCGAGGCGUAGGAGCAGGAAUAAACACUUAUGACUUGUCAAUUGGUAAAAAUCAAAGUUCAAUUGCUCAAACUUAUGUAGCCUCUCAGGCCAACGAUGACGCUAAUUCUAUUCAAGUUGGAUGGGAGAUAAAUGAAAGACUAUUUGGCGACACACGACCAUGGUCGUACGGGAUGUUUUAGGGCAAACAUGGGACAUGCUGUUUCAAUGUACAAUGUCCAGGCUUUGUUCAAGUAGCCAAAGAUUUUCCAUUAAGUGAACCUUUGUACAAUGUUCAUGAGCUUCUCUGGCUUUCUAUCCAUCAGGAUAAGGAAACAAAAAACUGGUGAGUUACACAAUUUAAACCGUAUAAGAGUCGAAUAGCCGUGUGAUAUUGGCCAAAGGAGUUGUUUAAUCUUUCAGGAGAUGGUGCUCAUUUCGUUGGAUUCGGAAGAAAUGUAACAAGUAAUCCAAGAGGUCCAAGUCGACCAAUGGGUAACGGUCGUCUUCCAGAUAAAGAUGAUCGUCUUUGGUCUGCUUCUCUUGACCAUCUUACCAUAAUAGAUUCGAACUAUAUCAUUGUCGGAUUUGAUAAGCUAAAGCCAGUGCCAUUGGUGGACAGCAACAAAUGUUAUGAUGUUCACUAUUUAGGAUACGUUAAUGAGGAUGUUGGUGUUUCUAUGUCUUAUGGUGGUCCUGGAGGUUUUAAAUGCGGCGAUUAA